AUGGCGAAUGCGGACAACAAGAACGAAUUCAGUGAGCGUCUGAUAGACGCUGUUGAGCGAGAGCGCUGCCUGUGGGACCUGCAGCAGAAAGACUACAAGUCCCGUGGCGUAUGCGAGGCAGCGUGGCGGCGUGUAGCAGCGGAACUCAGAGCGACCGUUCCCGACGUGAAAGCCCGGUGGAAAAACUUGCGGGACACUUUCCGCCGUGUGUUGAAAGGGCGCAACGAGGCAAAGAGCGGCGCGGCCGCAGACGACAGCCUCGACGAGGACAAGCAGUGGACGUUUUUCGUCCGGCUUCUUUGUCUCAAAGACGGCAUGAUAGGAAGACCGACAUCGGGAAACCUCACGGCUCCACCAGCAGAUGAAUGGCAAAGUGCCAGUGCAAAUGGCCACGUCGAGUCAGCUCAAGAAAUUUUUACGGCGAUGUACCAGGACGAGGGUAAUGACGAGGCCAGUGCAUGUGACCGAACAGAGGCAGCGAGCCUUGUUGACGUGUGUGUCGAAGUGCCGGAGCCGCAGCCACCAAAAAAGAAAAGGAAGAAAGAUAAAUACGAUGAGCAAAUUGAGAACAUCACCAAAAUUCUGGAGAAGGAGUAUGAUGAAAUUGAUCACUUUGCCGCAUUUCUGGGAGCAAAAAUGAAGCGUGUACCUCUGAGGCUGCGUGACGAAAUGCAGAUGGAGAUGCUGCGAGAUGUUAAUAAGUACAUUAAUAGCGCUUGA